CCCGCAACACGUCCAACAGACCCCAUGGGCACUAGAAAGUUCUGGGUCUUGACUCCAUGGGGCCUAGAGAUGGGGCUCCACUAUGUUUCGGCGCGUGCGGCGUGCUAGCCCGCCCCUGUGCACCGUCGCACACUUAAGAGCACCGCGUCCCAUUCCAUAUUACUGAGAGCUCUUUCUCCAUUCCUAUCUCUAAGUCCAAGUCAGCCAGCGCCGAGAUCAUGGAUGACAAGCAGGUAAUAUCAGAGCAGCAGUUCAGGGAGGAUGUGGCAGCACCGCCAGCUACCUCGCCAAACGGAGCUGUUCAUGUGGAAAGCAAUGGGGAGGUGGGAAAAGAGGCAGCUUCGUUCAAGCAUGCCAGCAACCUGGAGGAUGGCCCUGCUGAACACCUGAGUCCCGAGCAUAAGGAGUACUUGAUAUCGCGGCAUGGGACAACUGAUCUCAGCCCGUUACCAUCCAUGGAUCCUGCAGAUCCGCUCAAUUGGCCAUCUUGGAAGAAAAAUGUCAACCUGUUCCUCGUCGCAUUUCACGCAAUGAUGACAACCUUUACAGCUGCGGGUGUAACUCCUGCCUUUGAACAGCUGUCCGUUGAGUUCGGCGUAUCCCUCACACAAGCGUCCUACUUUACAAGCAUUCAAAUUCUGUUGUUGGGCUGGUCUCCCGCCUUCUGGAAACCCCUCUCUAAUCGGUAUGGUCGUAGACCGAUCUGGUUGAUAUCCACUUUUGGUUCAAUGAUUUGCAACAUAGGCUGCGCAAAGACUCAUAGCUAUGGUGCGCAGGUGGUGACAAGAUUAUUGGUCGCAUUCUUUAUUUCACCGGCUAUUGCUAUUAGUAGUGCUGUGGUCACGGAGACGUUCUUCGCGAAGGAGCGGGGUCAGAAGAUGGGGAUUUGGACAUUGAUGGUUACUCUUGGACCUCCUACAGGUCCUUUCAUUAUGGGCUUCGUAGCCUACCAUACCCACACUUGGACAUGGAUAUAUUGGAUCCUCGCCAUAACCAACGGGGUUCAAUUCAUCCUCUAUUUCUUCUUCUCCCCUGAAACGCUCUACGUGCGCGACCGUGUCCAGGCUCCUAGUACCAAAUCUGAUUUCCAGCGCAAAUACCUCAACUUCGGGAAGAUCGGCCCUGAACCACUGAGCCUCCGCUCCUUCCUUACGCCCAUUAUUCUCUUUACCUACCCGAAUAUUCUGAUCCCUGCCGUCGCCUACUCCAUCGUCUUCAACUUCGCCAGCGUCCUAACGACGGUCGAGAUCCCCCAGAUCUUCGCUGCCAAGUUCGGCUUCAAUGCCCAGCAGCUCGGCCUGCAAUAUAUUGGCAUCAUCAUCGGGUCCGUGCUAGGAGAAAUAGUCGGUGGGCGUGGCAGUGAUUUCUGGAUGCGGCGCAAGAGCGCGCAGCUAGGCCAGUCACGCCAUGCGCCCCCCGAGCAUCGCCUCUGGCUCUCAUACCCCGGCUUUGCGACAGUGAUCUGUGGUCUUGUGGUAUUCCUGGUGCAGGCGGAGAAGAUCCACGCGUAUAACGUGACCCCGGUCGUGGGAAUGGCCAUUGCGGCGUUCGGGAACCAGGUUAUUACCACGGUUUUGGUAACCUAUGCGGUGGAUUGCCAUCAUGAACAUGCGGCUAGCAUUGGGGUGUUCAUUAAUAUCAUCAGGAACACCUGGGGAUUCAUCGGACCCUUCUGGUUCCCAGACAUGUUCAAGAACCUGGGACUCGACGGCAGCGCAGGCUUGCUGGUGGGCAUCGUGGCUGUAUGCGCGCUCCUGCCCAUGAUCUUCAUCCACUGGAAGGGGGCGUCGAUCCGGGAGCAGAGAGCCGCGAAGGCUUUGGCUUAAACGUGUUCCGUAAGCGGGUAAUAUAGAAAUGGGUAUAAUUUUAAGGGGGGUUCAGGGACUUGGUAGUGCAAUUACUGUAAUAUAUCCAUGAUAUCCAUGAGCUUUUUAAUACAAGGCGCUCGCUAGAACUGCCCUCGUUAC